GCGACUCGGCGCGCGCUGAUGACGUGAUAACUGCGCCGGAAGUCCGAGCCGUGGGCUGCUGGGCUCCGUUAUGGCGGCUGCAGGGGCACGCUGGAAUCAUGUGUGGGUGGGCACGGAGACCGGGAUCCUGAAAGGGGUGAACCUUCAGCGCAAACAGGCGGCGAACUUCACGGCGGCGGGACAGCCGCGGCGCGAGGAGGCGGUGAGCGCCCUGUGCUGGGGCGCUGGAGGCGAGACUCAGAUCCUGGUGGGUUGCGCCGACAGAACGGUGAGGUACUUCAGCACCGAGGAAGGCCGAUUCCAGGGCCAGAAGCACUGCCCUGGCGGAGAGGGCACGUUCCGAGGCCUCGCCCAGGUCGACGGCACCCUUAUCACAUGUGUGGAUUCUGGGAUUGUCCGAGUCUGGCGUGACAGUGACAAAGAGGCAUCUUCUGACCCACUCCUGGAACUGAGUGUGGGUCCUGGGGUGUGUAGGAUGCGCCAAGACCCGGCACACCCCCAUGUGGUUGCCACGGGUGGGAAAGAGAAUGCUUUGAAGGUGUGGGACCUACAGGGGUCUGAGGAGCCUGUGUUCAGGGCCAAGAACGUACGGAAUGACUGGCUUGACCUGCGGGUUCCCAUCUGGGAUCAGGACAUACAGUUCCUGCCUGAGUCUCAGAAGCUUGUCACCUGCACAGGGUACCACCAGGUCCGUGUCUAUGAUCCAGCCUCCCCCCAGCGCCGGCCAGUCCUAGAGGCCACCUAUGGAGAGUACCCACUUACGGCCAUGACCCUCACUCCUGGGGCCAAUUCAGUGAUCGUAGGGAACACUCACGGGCAGCUGGCAGAAAUCGACCUUCGGCAAGGGCGCUUACUGGGCUGUCUGAAGGGGUUGGCGGGCAGUGUCCGAGGAUUACAGUGCCACCCUUCAAAGCCCCUGCUAGCCUCCUGUGGCUUGGACAGAGUCUUGAGGGUACACAGGAUCCGGAAUCCACGGGGCCUAGAGCAUAAGGUUUAUCUGAAGUCUCAACUGAACUGCCUUCUCCUGUCAGGCAGGGAUAACUGGGAGUUUUCUCCCACUCACCAGGAUGAGCCGCAAGAGCCCCAGGAGCCCAAAAAGGCACCCCUGGAAGACACAGAGACCGAUGAACUUUGGGCCUCCUUGGAGGCAGCUGCCAAGCGGAAGCUCCCUGAUUUGGAGCGGACCCAGGGGGCUCUCCAAACCAGACGGAGAAAAAAGCAGCGGCCUGGGUCCACCAGCCCCUGAAGAGCCUGCCCUCACUUUGUAAAUAAACAGCUCAACACCCA